AUGGCGGGGGUGCUGAAGAUGACCACUGGCCUCGUGGGAUUGGCUGUAUGUGACACUCCACACGAGAGGCUAAGAAUAUUGUACACAACGAUUCUUGAUGCCACAUAUAGAAAGUAUACAGAGCAGAUUACAAAUGAGAAGCUGGCUAUGGUUAAAGUGGAACCAGAUGUUAAGAAAUUAGAAGACCAACUUCAGGGUGGCCAAAUAGAAGAGGUGAUUCUUCAGGCUGAAAAUGAACUAAGUCUGGUGAGAAAAAUGAUGCAAUGGAAACCUUGGGAGCCAUUAGUGGAAGAGCCUCCUGCCGAUCAGUGGAAAUGGCCAAUAUAAUCAUUAAAUGACUUUGGUGGGUUGCUGGGAAACUGAUGUAAUUAAACAUUCUGUUAUAUUAAAAAUGUGUCCAUAUUAUUGACAGUUUAUAAUUGAGAAAACCGAGAGAAUAUAUUUAGGAGACUUGUUAAAAUUAGUGAUUAUGGCAAUAGGGUCUUGUGAAUC